AUGGCGUUUAUUAAAGAGGAGAGUGAAGACCUGAAGAUUGAAGUAACAUUCACAGUCAAACCGGAAGAUCCGCAGGAACAAACAGAGCUGAUGGCGCUGAAAGAAGAGACUCCAGAGAUGAAUGAAAUGGAGGAGGAAGAUCAGAUUGAGGAACAUCAAGAUUUAACGACUGAUGAAAAAUCAUCUUGUAAAAGAUCUCCGAAAACCAAAUCUAAUAGGGAUUUCAUUUGCAGUCAGUGCGGAAAAGGUUUUAAUCAUCAACCAAACCUUUAUGUUCACAUGAGAAUUCACACUGGAGUGAAGCCUUACUCGUGUGGUCAGUGUGGAAAGAGUUUCAGUCAGAACGAAAAACUCAAAGUCCACAUGAGAGUUCACACCAAGGAGAGGCCUUACACGUGUCCUCAGUGUGGGAAGAGUUACACUCAAAAGGAAAACCUUAAUGUACAUAUUAGAGUUCACACUGGAGAGAAACCAUUUCCUUGCCAACAUUGUGGAAAGAGAUUCAGUCGAUCACAUGCUCUUAAAGAGCAUGUUACAAUUCACACUGGAGAAAAGCCGUAUGCCUGCACUGUGUGUAGGAAGACUUUCUAUCAAAAACAGAAACUUGAAAUGCACAUGACUGUUCACACCGGAGAGAAGCUUUUCCCUUACAUCUGCACAGAGUGCGAUAAAACCUUCGCAAGUAAAAGCAAUCUUAAUCAGCACAUGAUCACUCACACCGGAGAGAAGCCUUUCUCAUGUGAUGAGUGUGGAAAGAGUUUCGGUCAAAAUUCUAAACUUAAAACCCACAAGAGAGUUCACACCAAAGAGAAACCUUACUCAUGCGAUCAGUGUGGAAAGAGUUUCAGUCAGAAUGAAAAACUCAAAGUCCACAUGAGAGUUCACACCAAGGAGAGGCCUUACACGUGUCCUCAGUGUGGAAAGAGUUUCACUCAAAAGGAAAACCUUAAAGUACACAUCAGAGUUCACACUGGAGAGAAACCAUUUCCUUGCCAACAUUGUGGAAAGAGAUUCAGUCAAUCACAUGCUCUUAAAGAGCAUGUUACAAUUCACACUGGAGAAAAGCCGCAUGCCUGCACUGUGUGUAGGAAGACUUUCUAUCAAAAACAGAAACUUGAAAUGCACAUGACUGUUCACACCGGAGAGAAGCUUUUCGUCUGCCAACAGUGUGGAAAGAGAUUUGGUCAAAGGCAAAACCUCAAAGUCCACAUGAGCAUUCACACCGGAGAGAAGUCUUAUGCCUGCCCUCAGUGCGGAAAGAGUUUCUGUCGAAAAGCAGUGCUUGAAGACCACAUCAGAAUUCACACAGGAGAGAAACCGUUCUCUUGUGUUCACUGUGGGAAGAGUUUCACUCAAAGACCAAACCUCAGAGUCCACACUAGAGUUCACACCGGAGAGAAACCGUUCAUAUGCCAACAGUGCGGAAAAUGUUUCGCUUAUAAAUCAGUCUUCAGGACGCACGAGAGUUCACACUGGGCGGAAAGCCUCACAUCUGUUAACACUGUGGAAAUCGUUUCAGUCAAUUACAAAACUUGAGCGUUCACAUUGGAGAGAAGCUUUACACUUCAAUCAUUUGAAUGGUGGUCUUGUUUACGUUUUAAUCUAAUAACAAUUUUAUUUUGACUAGAAGGUUGUAGGCUACAAACAGUGGUUCCCCAACCUUUUUAUCACCACUCACCGGUCAACGAUUGUCAAUUUGACCACAGACCGGGGGCUGCAAGGUGACCAUCAACCAUUUUCUCAGAAGUUCACAAGCUGACAAAACAUUGCUGCAACUCUGAUACAAGUUUUAUUUAUGAAGAAAAUAAAUAAUCCCAGCAGUGUUUAUCUGAGAUGAUUAGUCUACUGAAAUGUGUAUAUUCCAUACAAAGUAUGAAGCCGAUCGGUCAGUUCUUGUCAUGUGACUCGUAGUGCGCUUGUGGCAUUCUGAAGAUGUUUUCAAGUGGAAGUGCCUGGAAGGGUGCGUCAGUUCUAAUAUGCGCGUAACAGGAGCAAUGCUAGCCUAAGUGGUGCUCUAGGCAAACGACGACCAUGCUGCCCUCACGGUGCCCUUGCCACCCUCACGGAAGUGAAAACCAGGGGCGGGAGGGAUUUGGAUGGGUGACUGUCGCUGACAAAAGUGAGGAGCAAGAGAGGGUAGGUGGGUUGUCAUGGACGAAAGUAAAACAGCAGGACGGGGGUGGAGUAGGGCUGUCACGGACCAAGGUGAAGAGUGGGGGUGGUGAGAGAUUGGUGCUUUCACGGCCAAAAGUGAGUGGCCAUGCCGCCCCUAACAAGAUGCCACCCUGGUCGAUUGCCCAUGCGCCAAGCCACGCGCCUCAAUUUGAAAUAACGGACUUGCACAAGGAAAGAAGCAAUUUGUGAAUGGCCGCCAUCAUUUGCGAUCUCCAGCAGUUGAUCUUCUUGCACAGACAUGCUGGAUUCACCUGAUUUGUUGCAGAUCCACUCCAUGGCAGUUCGUGGGUCCUUCACUGGGCCUUUUCCUCUUCGCAAAGAAACUUUCCAAAGACGUCUUGUUUCUUAUUCAUUUUGCUGCUUGUGGGUUAAAUUUUGGUGCUUAAGUGACCGAAAUGUAACCAAGAGGAUACGGUCAUUUUUCAAAAUAAAAGAUUUUUCAAAAUAAAAGAUCAUUCAGACUCAGAUAAUAUAUAAAACGGAAGUAAUUAAUGAUUUCUUGUGUGCCCCGGUACCAACUGAUCCACGGACCUGUACCGGUUCGUGGCCCGAGGGUUGGGGACCACUAGAUUUUUUUGUUUACUGUUUUAUUAAUAAUUUCACAUAUCCAUUUUAUACAUAUAUAACGUAAUAGACUUGUUUUCUAAUUCUAUAUUACUGUGCUGAAU